AUGGAUGUCGAGGCCCUCAUACAGCAACUGACCCUUGAGGAGAAGGUCCAGCUCACUGCUGGAGUGGGCUGGUGGCACACAGCAGCAAUUGAGCGCCUCUCAAUACCCCCAAUCCGCCUCUCAGACGGCCCCAAUGGCGUGCGAGGAACUCAUUUCUUCGACAGCACCCCAUCAUCAUGUCUUCCCUGCGGUACUGCCCUAGGCGCAACAUGGAACACUGACCUCACCUACCGUCUUGGUCAAUUACUCUCUGAUGAAGCCCACGCCAAAGGUGCACAUGUCCUUCUCGGUCCUACUGUCAACAUCCAGAGAGGACCAUUAGGCGGAAGAGGCUUUGAGUCUUUUUCCGAAGAUCCUAUUCUCUCGGGUAUCUUGGCAGGGCACUAUGUACGUGGUGUGCAGAAGAAUGGCGUUUCAGCUACGAUGAAGCACUUUGCUUGUAAUGAUAUGGAGAGUGCGCGUAUGGCUGUUGAUGUACAAGUGACGGAGCGAGCGCUGAGGGAAGUGUAUCUUCUUCCGUUCAUGAUUGCCGCUGAGAUGGCGAGUCCAAGAGUCUUCAUGACGGCCUACAACAAAGUUAACGGUACGCACGCGCCAGAUAACCAUCACUUGCUGCAAGACAUCCUUCGCGAUGAGUGGAAAUGGGAUGGAUUAGUUGUGAGCGAUUGGUUCGGCACGUACAGUACAACUGAGGCCAUCAACGCGGGGCAAGAUCUCGAAAUGCCAGGUCAUACAAGGUGGCGUGGCGAAACAUUGGUGCACGCUGUUACGUCUAAUAAGGUCAAGAGAUCAACUUUGGAUGAGCGUGUGAGGAAUGUCUUGAAGUUGGUCAAGCAUUCUAUCGAAAAUACGAGUAUCCCACCAAACGCGCCGGAGACUCAACUCCAGAGCGAUGAGAAUACUCGGCUUCUUCGAGAAGCUGCUGCUGAGUCUGUUGUGCUUCUUAAGAAUGACAGGGGAACCCUACCACUGGACCCAGCCAAGAAGGUGGCAGUGAUUGGACCAAAUGCCGACAUCAGCACUUAUUGUGGUGGUGGAAGUGCAAGCCUUCGAGCGUACCAUACUGUCUGUCCACUCGAGGGCAUCAGGGGUAUUGCGAAGGAGGUGUCUUUCACCAAGGGACUUUACGGUCACCGGUCGCUACCUCAAAUCGGAAAACUUCUGAAGACAAUUGAUGGACAGCAACAAGGCUUUACUCUUCGCAUAUACAACGAUCCGCCUCCCAGUUCCGGACCAGAUACACGUAAAGUCCUCGAGAAUAGAAUCCUUGACGACUCAAAUAUCUGGUUUGUGGACUAUGAGCAUCCAUCGCUGGAGCAGAUCUGGUACGCCGAGAUUCAAGGUAUCUUCACACCAGAGAAGUCUGGAGAAUGGGACUUUGGUCUUUGCGUCCACGGCACUGGCGAGCUCUUCAUUGAUGGUGAGCUGGUGGUCUCAAAUGUUACCGAUCAACAACCAGGCAGUUCCUUCCUUGGUUGCGGUACCGUAGAGAAGAUAGGGAGCAAGAUGCUUGAGGGUGGUAAGAGUUACAACGUGGUCGUGCGCUGGGGCUGCGACAAGACUUCUGAUCUCAAGGUCUCGGGAGUCGUUGACUUUGGACAAGGCGGUAUGCGCCUUGGCGGAUGCCCCAAACUUGAGCCGCUACAGGCAUUCCAAGAAGCUGUUGAGUUGGCCAAGAGCGCAGAUCAAGUCGUUCUUUGUGUUGGAACGAGUGGGGAGUGGGAGAGUGAAGGUCAAGAUCGAGCAAACAUGUCUCUUCCUCCCGGCAGCGAUGAUCUGAUCUCCGCAGUGCUACAAGCGAACCCCAACACGGUGGUACUCAUCCAGAGUGGUACGCCUGUUUCAAUGCCGUGGGUGGACCAAGCUAGCACUAUUGCGCAAGCGUGGUUUGGCGGCAAUGAGGCCGGCAACGGAAUCGCAGAUGUGUUAUUUGGUGUUGUCAACCCUUCCGGAAAACUUCCCAUUACCAUGCCUAAGCGUGUAGCGGAAAACCCCAGUGCCUUGAGCUUCCGAUCAGAGGGAGGUCGAGUGCUGUACAGUGAAGACGUGCAUGUCGGCUAUCGCUGGUAUGACACAUUAGAGAUCGAUCCCUUGUUUCCGUUUGGACAUGGCCUAUCUUAUACUACCUUUGAGCUUUCUGACUUGCAGAUUGAAGAGCAUGGAGAGUCUGAGAGCAAGACGGUGGUUGUGAGUGUCAAUGUGACCAACACUGGCUCGCGAUCGGGCGCUGCUGUUGUGCAAGUUUAUGUCAAGCCACCUCACCCAACGCCGCUCACAGCCUCUGCUCUUGAUACAAUUACGAGAUCUAGCAAAGAGCUCAAGGGAUUCGCCAAGAUACAUCUUGAGGCAGGGGCAAGCGGUAGGGCAAAGAUUCAGCUGGAUGUGCUUCGUGCGACAAGCUAUUGGAGCGAGAGGGAGGAUUGUUGGCGCAGUGAUGGGGGAGACUAUACGGUUCUUGUUGGUAUGAGCAGUAGGUGUGAGUUUCUGGACAAGACGUUUACGGUUAGAAAGUCUACGACAUGGAAGGGACUUCGGUCAUGA